UCGUCUGUAGUGUAAAUGCAGGCGCCUGCGCGUUCCUGGGGCUUCACCUGGUGACGUCACGCAGCCAGUGCUCUGUUCCUCUGAGACAACAACACGUCCUCUAAACGCACCUAAAGCCCGGAGAAACGCUGGAUUCACACUCCUGACCGGAAAAUUACUUUACAAUUCAGCAAAAAGAGAUGAAGCAAAACUGACUGUAAACUUCAAGUGAUACAAGUUGUUCUGCCUGGAUUUACGGAUGAUUAUUUGAUGGUCGUCACCAGCUUGUCAUCCAGCUCUGGACAGCUCUGUUGGUGACACAGUAGCCUAUACUUGGAUCCCGGUGUGCUGAUGCAGGGAAAACGCGCUCUCUAGGAGCAGGACUGUCAGCCCUUCUGUAGGCUCUGCACCGAAACCAGGGGACGGUUGGUGCGGCCAAACAAAGUAGACAUGUGGCCUGAGUGAGAGAUCACGAUGGCACCCUUUCUGCGUAUUGCUCUAAAUACGUAUGAUGUGGGUGCUUUGCCCCCUUUGACUGACCCUCCCAUGUGUGCCAUUCGGAUGAAGGAGUCUGUCAGCACAGAACGAGGAAAGACCUUGGUUCAGAGAAAGCCGACCUUGUAUCCUGCUUGGAAGACAUCUUUUGAUGCUCACAUCAACGAAGGGCGUGUUUUAGAAGUGGUCCUUAUGCAGAGCACAGAAGAGCCAUUAGCCAAGGCCUCAGUGGGAUUGUCGGUCCUAGCAGAACGGUGUAGGAAGUCCAAAACCAAUGGCCGUGCUGAAUUCUGGGUAGACCUGCAGCCUGCGGGGAAAGUUCAGAUGGCUGUGCAGUAUUUCCUGGACGGCAAUGAUGCAGUGGCAGGUAAGCAGUCGGUGAGGGAAUCUGCUGAAGAGGGGGUCAUGACCCUCAAUAGGAGGAGAGGAGCUUUCAAGCAGCCAAAAGUUCAUGUCAUCAAGAGCCAUGAAUUCCUCGCCACCUUCUUCCACCAGCCCACCUUCUGUUCUGUCUGCAGAGAGUUUCUCUGGGGGCUCAACAAGCAAGGUUACAAGUGCAAGCAAUGCAAUGCAGCAAUCCAUAAGAAAUGCAUUGAAAAAAUUAUUGGCAGGUGCACUGGAACAGCAGCCAACAGUCGUGAAACUAUGUUCCAGAAGGAGCGUUUCAAAAUUGAUAUGCCACAUCGUUUGAAGUACUACAACUACAAGAGCCCCACAUUCUGCGACCACUGUGGCAGCCUGUUGUGGGGUCUGUACAGACAGGGCCUGAAAUGUGAAGCUUGCAGCAUGAACGUCCACAGUUACUGUCAAGGAAAAGUGGCCAAUCUGUGUGGAAUCAAUCAGAAACUACUGGCAGAGGCCCUAUCUCAACUUUCACUGAAACCAAAGAAGUCUGACGACCCCACUGAUCUGGAUAUUGGGAUUUAUCAAGACAUCAAAAAGAAAACAGAUAUGACUGCAGAUACCAAUGACAACGGCCAGACUGUGGGUCCUGCUUCAGUUGCAGUUGCAGGUCCCCGAGUUCACCUCACUCUCAACCACCUGACGUUCCACAAGGUCCUAGGAAAAGGCAGCUUUGGGAAGGUGCUGUUGGCAGAGUUAAAGGGUCGGGGUGAGUACUUUGCUGUGAAGGUUCUCAAGAAGGAUGUCGUUCUCAUGGAUGAUGAUAUUGAAUGCACCAUGGUGGAGAAGAGAGUCCUCUCCCUCGCCUGGCAGAACCCUUUUCUCACAAACCUUUACUCCACAUUCCAGUCUAAGGAGCACCUGUUCUUUGUGAUGGAAUACCUGAAUGGAGGUGACUUGAUGUUCCACAUUCAAGACAAAGGCCGCUUCGAUGUCAACAGAGCUAUAUUCUAUGCUGCUGAGAUUGUAGUAGGACUGCAGUUCCUCCACUCAAAAGGCAUUGUAUAUAGAGAUUUGAAGUUGGACAAUGUGAUGCUGGACAGAGACGGACACAUUAAGUUAGCAGAUUUUGGCAUGUGUAAAGAGAACAUCUCUGCAGAUAAUAAAGCCACUACAUUCUGUGGAACUCCAGACUACAUCGCACCUGAGAUCCUGCUUGGUCAGAAGUACACUUUCUCUGUGGACUGGUGGUCAUUUGGCGUGCUAGUGUACGAAAUGCUGAUUGGUCAGUCCCCAUUCCAAGGUGACGAUGAGGACGAACUAUUUGAAUCCAUCAGGUCAGACGUUCCCUACUUUCCUCGGUGGAUUACCAAGGAGUCCAAGAGCUUGGUUGAACAGUUGUUCGAGCGGGAUCCCAGUCGCAGGUUGGGUGUAGUGGGGAACAUCCGUGCACACCCUUUCUACAAAAACAUCAACUGGACUGCACUGGAAAAGAGAGAAUUGGCUCCCCCUUUCAAACCGAAAGUGAAAUCCCCGAACGACUGCAGCAACUUUGAUCCCGAGUUCCUCAACGAGAAGGCCCGGCUCUCACAUGGUGACAAAAACUUCAUUGACUCCAUGGACAAAAAUGCAUUUGCUGGCUUUUCCUUUGUCAACCCCAAACUGGAACAGAUGAUAAGCAAAUAAGGAGGCAAAUCGACAGUCUUGAAGAUGGUUUCAGUUCAGCACUAUUAUAUCUGUAUGUUGUUGAGGGUCAACUGACUGACUAUGACUUUUAUAGUUACUCUAGAAAAAGCCUGAGCUAGAACUCAUACUAUAAUGUAAUAUAUAAAUACAAUAAUGGUAUAAUACUAUAAUAAUACUAUAAUGGUUGCAGGUGUCUAAAGCAAUUUUCUUGUCUCAACUGUCAAACUAUACAGGUGACAAAGUAUAAAGCUUCAGGAUGUUAAGGGAGUUUCUAAAACCAACAUUAUUAUGGUGAAUACUCAAGGGAUUGUUAAUGAUUUAUCCAGUUUUCUUAAAAUCACCCUUUGGAUUUAUAUGAAUUAUUCAAUGAAAAUGUAUCAUGAAAUUUGAAUUAAUAGGCACAUUUGACACCUUUUGUUUAGUCAAAGAUCAAUAGUACUAUGUGUAUGUAUGCAUGUAUGUACAUACACACACAUACAUGAAUGCACAUGAGCAGAAUUCCCUCUUACCCAGAAUGCUUUGUCUAGUGAAUGUGUACUGUGUUGGAGCAUCAUGCAAGAAAAUGUACAGAAUACUUUGCAAAUGGUGUUUCUGCAGCCAGCAAGGUUGUCUUUCGAUAAAAGAACACUCAGCUUAUGCAGAACAUAUAGAGAGAACUGUAUUGUAAGGGUGAGUUUGAAUGCAAAUCUCUGCAAAUCCAUUCUUAUUAUAAAUAAUUGACUGUGGAGGACUUUGUGUGUCUGAUAACUUGAGUAUAAGUGAUCUAUUUAAGAUUUAAUGGCAGUCCUCGUCUUUUGUGCACUACUGGUGUUUAACAUAUUUUUGUACUUUAAACUAAAUCAUAGCACAGACAAUCAUUCUAUGCUCAACAUGAAAUGUAUUGAUUUAUUAGAAUAACUGGAAGGAGUUGCUGCAAGGGUGUAUGGUACUACACUUUUACAUCUGUAUCUGUUGAAGGAUUUGUCUUUUUUUUGAAGAUGUGGGGCAUUUCCUUUUUUAAGAAUUAAUUAUCAUGUAUAAUACUUGAAUGUAGGAAUUUUAACAUGAAAUAGCUGUAUGCAGAAAAUGAAUAUGUACUUGGAAGUGGGUUUCAAAGUUGAGAAUGUAGUUUUUUUUUACUCUACAUCUUUUACAUUUGAUUCUGAAUAAAGAUAUUGUAAUCUAAAA